AUGGACUCGAGUAUUGAUAAUCCUCGUAAGAGCAAUGAUGAUUUUUUAAGAGAAUUCUUUAUCCAUGACAAGUCCUACAUAUUGAAUCCUAAUGAUAAUUUGAACCAAGGAGAAAAUAUUGUCACAAACUAUCUAUUUAGACCCCCUUUUGCAGUACUGGCACAAAACUUCCAUAGUAAUGAGGGUAAAUUGCUGACUCAAUUGGACAUCAACCACGUAAACGAGGCAUCAAUUGAUGGACUUGGAAAUGACAAAAUUCAAGGAAGCUUUCUUAAGAAGGAUGAUCCAAAGAUGCUUACAUUGAUGCAGCAAGCAGAAUUACUCAGCUCACUUGCAAUCAAAGUUAAUUCAGAGAAUACGGAUCAGAGUUUCGAAAAUGCCUGGAAAGUUCUACAACAUUUUUUGAAGCAAAACAAAGAUAGUGAUCUGCUGGCAUAUAGAAUUUCUGAUGCCGAUUUGCAGCUAGAGAAUUUGAAAGAGUUGAUGGAGGAUUUGAUUAAGAAUGAAGGCUGUAAGCUAUCUUGGAGGCAACCUGAUUUGUAUGAUGAGACCCCUGCCAGCUCAGAAUAUAGUACUGGAUCAAGUGUGCUAUCUCAUGCUCCCGGUGAAAAUCCUGAAGAAUGUCAAGCCGAACGAUGUACAUUUCAUCAGGAAACUGGGCUCCAGUUACAAUCAAGUCAGUUGGGUGAUCAACCAAGUCUUGCUGAGGAAAACAGAAUAUGUAUUUCUGCCGCAAAUGAAGAGAACAACUUGUUAUCAACUGAUGAAGUAAAAGCUAACGAUGGAGUUGUAGGUGAAUAUUUAAAUACAGAAUUCAGUUCCCCUCUUCAAGUGACUCCACUAUUCAGGUCAUUGGCAGCUGCAAUUCCCAGCCCGAAAUUUUCAGAAAGUGAGAAGCACUUCCUAAUGAAAACAUUUGGGAUGGAGUUACCAUUCCCAAGUCCAAGCACCAAUCCAUCUCAAGCUCCACCUUGCAAAAGGUCCCUCCUCCAUUGUCUUUGACCAGUCUCACUUAUUGAUCUUACAUACAAUAUUCUGCAGAAUUCAGAAUCACAUCUACUCAUCGGGAGUUUUCAACAUAUGUAGAGCUUUUUUAUUAAUCUUUUGGAGUUCUUUGUCCUCGGAUAGCAGGCAUCUUGACCUGAGAUUUUUAGAAAUAGGCUUAUGAAGAUCUGCUUCACAAUCUAGGGUGCUAAGGAGCAUUCCAGUAUUUUCCUUUUUUGUGAAGAUUGAUUGCUGUGAUCUGCAUCCUUCUGAGAGUUUUCGACCUAAUACUCACAUUGAUUCCUGUUUGCUUUGUUCAUGUGUGUCAUUCUUUCGUUUGUCUUGUCAUGGAACUCGGAUAUGGCUUUCCGUUGUUCCCAAAAGUUUUUUGGCUAGAUAAGCCGAUUGUACAGACCCCAUACUUCAAUUAUGUAGUUAUUCGGAGAGUAAUUAUACAAUGGCACCUCGCCAACUAUACCCUUUAGAGAUUGAGAAGAGAAAAAGGAAAAAAACAGGAGACAGAGUAGAGGAGGACCAACCAGUUGCAUUGGGCUCCUAUUCACUGCGCUUUAGAUGUGCACAGUACUAUGUAACAAGUUUUCAUGGUGUGUUAGAUCUUGUUGUAUUCCAUACUUUAAUGGAAUGAAGAAUUUAUACGAUUACUGUUGUGCA